AUGAGUCGUCCGGAGAGAUACACCGACAAUGAUGGGACGUUCGGACUUUUUAGGGAAGUGAACACAGGGAAUAAGAAGCCUUGUAGGGCAUGUAUGGAUUUCAAAUCAUGGAUGGCGCAGAAGCAUGGUACUGCUAAUAUGUCAGAGUCGUCUGGUGCUGAUCAUACUAAUGAAAAUGCGGACGCUGCGAGCAGUAGUCGAAAAUGCGAUUGUCCAUUGGACAGAGACGAACUGGGACGAAACACGUGGAGCUUACUGCAUUCAAUAGCUGCGUACUAUCCAGAUAACCCACCGGAGGAGCGACGCCAGGGCGUCGACGAGUUCAUGCGUUCCCUGAGCGUUCUGUAUCCAUGCGACUACUGCGCCAAAGACCUGAAAGCAGAGCUAAAACGCAAACCACCGCAGACUGCAUCGAGGGAAGCGCUUUCAAAAUGGAUGUGUGAUUUGCAUAACUCGGUUAACGCGAAAUUAGGCAAACAAUUGUUUGACUGCUCUCUGAUCGAUCAGCGCUGGAAAGACGGCUGGGCUGACGGCCGAUGUGAUUAG